UUAUGUAAAAUGGAUGUUUCUCACACUUAAUAUUGAAUAUUAAGUAGAUAAUCUGUUUAGUAAAAUCUAAGCUGCCAUGGAGGAAAUACCAAUAAAAGUUGCUGUAAGAGUUAGACCUCUGCUUUGCAAAGAAGUUCUUCAUAAUCAUCAAGUUUGUGUGAGAAUUGUUCCAAACACCCAGCAAAUUAUCAUUGGGAAGGAUAGAGUCUUUACUUUUGACUUCGUUUUUGGCAAAAAUUCCACUCAAGAUGAAGUUUAUAGUACAUGUGUAAAGCCGCUGGUGCUGUCACUCAUUGAGGGCUAUAAUGCAACUGUUUUUGCCUAUGGACAAACUGGAUCUGGGAAGACAUACACCAUUGGAGGAGGCCAUGUUGCUUCAGUUGUGGAGGGUCAAAAGGGUAUCAUUCCUCGAGCAAUCCAAGAAAUAUUUCAAAGAAUCUCUGAAAAUCCUAGCAGUGACUUUAAUAUAAAAGUAUCCUAUAUAGAAGUAUACAAGGAAGACCUCAGAGAUCUUCUAGAAUUGGAGACCUCCAUGAAGGAUCUGCACAUUCGAGAAGAUGAGAAAGGAAACACAGUGAUUGUUGGGGCCAAGGAAUGCCACGUGGAGAGUGUGGAUGAAGUGAUGAGUCUUCUGGAGAUGGGGAACGCGGCUCGACACACAGGGACCACCCAGAUGAAUGAGCACUCCAGCAGAUCGCAUGUGAUUUUCACCAUCAGCAUCUGUCAAGUGGAGAGAAAUCUGGAGGCGGGUGAAGAUGGAUCAUGGUACACGCAUCGGCGAAUUGUCUCCAAGUUUCACUUUGUGGAUUUGGCUGGAUCCGAAAGAGUAACCAAAACAGGAAAUACUGGUGAACGAUUCAAAGAAUCCAUUCAAAUCAACAGUGGGUUGUUGGCUUUAGGAAAUGUGAUAAGCGCCCUCGGGGACCCGCGCAGGAAGAGUUCACAUAUUCCAUACAGGGAUGCUAAAAUUACCCGGCUGCUGAAAGAUUCCCUGGGAGGCAGCGCCAAGACUGUCAUGAUCACAUGUGUCAGCCCUUCCUCCUCAGAGUUUGAUGAGUCUUUAAAUUCUCUCAAAUAUGCCAAUAGAGCCCGGAACAUUAGAAACAAGCCCACUUUGAACUUUAGCCCUGAGUCAGACCGUAUGGAUGAGAUGGAAUUUGAAAUUAAGUUGCUUCGAGAAGCUUUGCAAAGCCAGCAGACUAGUAUCAGUCAAACUAGUCAGAUACCUCAGGAGGGCACACUUGAUAAAAACAGGAUCCAGUCUCUGGAAGAGCAAGUAGCUCAGCUACAAGGGGAAUGUCUGGGUUACCAAAAUUGUAUAGAGGAAGCCUUUACCUUCCUGGCAGACUUAAAAAAUGCUGUCAGAUUAAACCACCAGCAGCAGCACAAACUGCAGGAGUGGUUUAACAUGACUCAGGAGGUCAGGAAGGCUGCCAUCACCUCACUGCGAGGAAGCCAAGGCAUUGGAAACCAAGAAGAAGGACCCCAGCAUAGCACAGUUCUCCAGCUCAAGAGAGAGCUUAAGAAAUACCAGAAUGAAAAAAUAAUAGAACAGCAACUUCUUGUGGAUCAACUGAGUGGAGAACUAACGAAACUUAAUGUGUCGGUGACUUCUUCAGCUAAGGAAUAUUGUGGAGAUGGGCCUGAUGCAAAGGUCCAUGAAAAGAGACCACACACUGUACCAUGUGAUUCUCCUUUGGGGCAUUAUAGUUAUAUCUCACCAAGACAAGAUUCCAGGAAGGUCUACUCAAGUCCUCCUGUGUACUCUCUGGACCAAGUAUUUGCUGGAUUUCGAACACGAAGUCAGAUGCUGUUGGGUCACAUAGAAGAACAGGAUGAAGUUCUCCACCACCAAUUUUCUGAUAAAAGUGAUGAUGAAGAAUCAAAUCAAGAGAAACCUAGAAUUAGAAGUCAGUCAUGGAACAAAAAACCAGAUUCUGUUUGUUCUCUUGUUGAGUUGAAUAAUACUCAGGAUGAAACACAAAAGUCAAAUUUGGAGAAUGCAGAUUUAAAGAUUGAAUGUCUCCAGGAGAGUCAAGAGUCGAAUAUGCAAAAGUUAAAGAAUUCAGAACUCAUACUUAAUAAAGUUAAACAAAAAAUGAAUGAACUUACAAUUAACAUCAGGAUGAAAGAAGAUCUGAUUAAAGAACUGAUAAAAACCGGUAAUGAUGCCAAGUCUGUAAGCAAGCAGUAUUCUCUGAAAGUAACAAGACUGGAGCAUGAAGCAGCACAGGCGAAAGUCGAGCUGACUGAGACAGAGAAGAAGCUGGAGGAGCUGGAGAGCAAGGACCCUUCUGAUGUUGCUCUGAAGAUAAAACUACAGAAGGAAUUCCGGAAAAAGAUGGAUGCUGCAAAACUGAAAGUCCAGGUCUUACAGAAGAAGCAACAGGAUAGUAAGAAAUUGGCAUCAUUGUCGAUCCAAAAGGAGAAACGUGCUAAUGAACUAGAGCAAAAUGUAGACCACUUAAAGUAUCAGAAGGUACAGCUGCAAAAGAGAUUUCGAGAAGAAAAUGACAAAAGGAAACAACUGGAUGCAGAAAUUAAGCGGGAUCAGCAAAAAAUCAAAGAGCUACAGUUAAAAACAGGACAGGAAGAAGGUCUGAAACUGAAGGCUGACGAUCUUGAUACAUGUAAUGUGGAAACAAAGAAAGGACCUUUUGGAAGUAAAAACCAACUCCAGAAAAUGGAUGAGCAAAAGAAAUGGCUGGAUGAAGAAGUAGAGAAAGUCCUGAACCAACGCCAGGAAUUAGAGGAGCUAGAGGAAGACCUGAAGAAGCGGGAGGCUAUCCUUUCUAAGCAGGAGAGCCUGCUCCGAGAAAAGAGCUGGCUGGAAAGGAAGAAGCUGCGAUCUAGUCAGGCCUUAAACACAGAUAGUCUUAGAAUAUCAGCUCGCCUGAAUGUACUGGACCAAGAGUUGUCUGAAAAGAGCGUGCAGCUCCAGAGCAGCACAGCUGAGGAGAAGAUGAGGAUCUCCGAGCAAGUCCACGCCCUUCAGAAGGAAAAGGACCAACUCCAGAGACGAAGAGACAGUGUGGAUGAGAAACUUAAACGUGGCAGCGUGCUGUCCCCUGAAGAGGAACAUGUUCUUUUCCAACUUGAAGAAGGAAUCGAGGCACUGGAAGCUGCAAUUGAGUACAAGAAUGAGAGUAUUCAAAGUCGCCAGAACUUGCUUAGAGCAUCCUUUCAAAAUCUCUCUCAGAGUGAAGCGAACGUCUUGGAAAAACUAAUUUGCCUGAAUCCUGUUGAGAUUAGAGCUAUUCUUUUCAGAUAUUUCAACAAGGUGGUUAAUUUACGAGAAGCUGAACGGAAACAACAGUUACAGAAUGAAGAAAUAAAAGUGAAAGUUCUGGAAAGGGAUAAUACGAUCUGUGAGUUAGAAUCUGCACUGGAACAUCUGAAGUUACAGUGUGACCGGAGACUGACUCUCCAGCAAAAGGAGCACGAGCAGAAGAUGCAGUUGCUGCUGAACCAUUUCCAAGAGCAAGAUGGAGAAGGCAUUAUAGAAUCUUUAAAAGUGUAUGAAGAUAAAAUCCAGCAGUUGGAAAAAGACCUUUAUUUCUAUAAGAAAACCAGCAGGGAUCUUAAGAAGAAACUUAAAGAAGUGACA